AUGGUGUCCGAAUCGAUGAUCAAGAACAAGUGGGUAGCCACAGUAGCUAGCAUAUGGAUUCAGUGCACAAGUGGUUCACUCUACACCUUCAGCAUCUACUCCGCCGCCCUCAAAACCACCCAAAACUACUCUCAGUCCACUCUCGACACAGUCUCUGUUUUCAAAGACUUCGGUGCCAACACUGGGUUACUAGCCGGAGUCCUCUACUCUUCACUUGCAUCGCCAUCAACGACCGCUACCACAUCCACCGCCGUGUACGGUGGUGGUGGAAGGCCGUGGGUGGUGAUCUUGGUGGGUGCUGGUCUGUGCUUUGCGGGUUACUUUCUGAUGUGGCUAUCGGUUGCCGGAGUGAUUCCUCCGCCGCCGGUGAUUGUCAUGUGCCUAUUUAUGCUUCUGGCGGCUCAGGCUACGACUUUCUUUAAUACUGCGAAUGUGGUCACUGCUGUUUUUAAUUUUCCCAAUUAUGGUGGGACUAUCGUUGGUAUCAUGAAGGGUUUUCUUGGGUUGAGUGGAGCGAUAUUAAUUCAACUAUAUCAGACAGCACUCAAUAAUAGGCCGACCUCGUAUCUUUUGCUAUUGGCGUUGUUACCCACUGUCAAUUCUAUAUUGUUCAUGUGUUUUGUAAGAAUCUAUAAGACAAAUGUACGAGAUGAGAAGAAGUACCUGAAUGUUUUCUCAUUGGUUGCGGUGAUUAUUGCUACUUAUCUCAUGGCCAUAAUAAUCAUAGAGAACACCCUUACUUUGCCAUUGUCAGGACACAUCAUUUCAUUUUGUGUACUCAUUUUGUUGAUUUUAUCACCUCUUUUCAUUGCAAUUAAAACCCAAAGAGUGACCUCCGUUAUGAUUUUAAGGACUUCCUUGAUUGAGCAGAACCAAUUGGUGGAUGACCAACACCAAUUAGAUACAGAGAGGAUGUACAUUAGACAAGAUGCUGGUGGAUAUAAUCAGGUUCCUGGUGGUGCUAAUCAAGAGACAAAUGUGAAUAAUCUCAAGACUUUGCAAUGGGCUGAAAACCUGAAUCUGUUGCAAGCCAUGUGCACCAUUGACUUCUGGUUUUUGUUUCUCACCACUGCUUGUGGUAUGGGCUCAGGACUUGCCACAGUGAAUAACAUCAGCCAAAUAGGAGGAUCUCUUGGUUACAAAGCCUCGGAAACAACCACGUUGGUAUCCUUAUGGAGCAUAUGGAAUUUCGUUGGACGUUUUGGAGCUGGCUAUGUGUCAGACUAUUUCCUGCAUGUGAAAGGAUGGGCAAGACCAUUGUUCAUUGCCAUCACCCUGGCAACUAUGAGCAUUGGUCUUGCUGUGAUUGCUUCUGGUUUGCGCGGGGCACUAUAUUAUGGCACUGUUGUGGUGGGUGUUUGUUAUGGUUCGCAGUGGUCAUUAAUGCCUACAAUCGCUUCUGAGAUAUUUGGUGCAGCACAUUUUGGAACAAUAUUCAACACGAUUACUAUUGCAGGUCCUGUUGGAUCUUAUUUUCUCUCUGUUAGGGUGGUUGGUUAUAUUUAUGACAAAGAAGCAUCAGCAAAAGGGAACACAUGCUCUGGCACUCAUUGCUUCAUGUUAUCUUUUUUUAUUAUGGCAUCUGCUACUUUUCUUGCAUCUCUUGUUGCCUUGGGAUUGUUUUUCCGGACGCGAACCUUCUACAAACAGGUUUUACGUAGAAGAUUGCAACAUUCUAUGAUGGAGGAAAAGAGUUAUAGUACUGAGUGA